AUUUCACAACCCCUGAUGACGCGGGAUUUACGCAUUUCUACGUAUCUCCACGGCCAGUCAACGAGGAAGCGCAAUUUCGGACCAAAGGUUGUGGCUGCUGCUGCUGCUGCUCACUUGUCUGGACUCCAGGUGAAUCAUCCCAGAGGCUCACAGCGACAUCUGGAGAUCUUAUUGUGGUUUUACGAUGGCGUUGGACUGGAUUGGCUUCAGCUAUGCUGCAGCCGUCGCUUUUGGAGGAUUUAUGGGAUACAAGAGAAAAGCGUGAUGUCCCUGAUGGCUGGUUUAGUUUUUGGCGGAUUAUCCGCUUUCGGUGCCUACAACAUAACGAGUGACCCAAAGGACAUCAAGGUGUCACUGCUGUCCUCGGGAGUUCUCGCAGUCAUCAUGGGAAUGAGAUACAAGAACUCUGGAAAAUUAAUGCCAGCUGGAAUAAUGACAGGGCUAAGCUUGUUGAUGGUGUUUCGCCUCUUACUUCUGAUCGUCUGACCGGGAGAACAUCAACCUUUACCCUGGAAACAGGAAACAUUCCCACUAAGCCGACUAAAUCAAAUUUUACUGCAGUAUUUUUUUUUUUUUUUAAAUACAUGCAUAUGAGCAAGUGUAUGAAUGGGAACUUCCAUGAUUUCUUAACCCACAGUACAGGAGACGGCUGUGGGCUCCGGGUGCUGUUAGGGUGCGGAUUUAUUUCUAUAACUUGAGAAAAAGAACAAGUUGAAGCAUUUUCAUUUGUAUUCUUGUCCGUCUAUGAUUUUGUGAUUUUUCUAAUAACAGCAAAUUAAAACAAGUUUAAUUC